AUGUUAUCUCCCUCUUUGUCUCCAUCUCCACUAGAUUCUCCCUCCUCCGUUUCACCGCCGCUUCCGGUGGUGCAGCAGCCACUUCCGCCACCUCCAGUUUCUGCUUCUCCUCCACCCUUACUUGCACCCCAUUUGGCUCCGAUAUCAACCCCGCCACUAAUUUCACCUCCAGUUCUGCCGGCCUUGAUUUUUCCCCCACCUGCUGCUGUUGCUGCAAGUCCAGUUACACUUACUCCCCCACUGCUUCCGACACCGCCGGUGGUAGUGGUGGUUGCUUAUCCACCACCAAUAUCGCCUGCCGCUACUACGAUUAGUCCCAUUGUUGCUUCUCCAGCUACACCUCUACUUCCUCCACCACCAGCAUUGGUUAUUCCUCCCCCAUUGCUGCCCAAAUCUUCUUCUCCACCUCCUCAACAAUCUAAACCUUUACCAUCGACGCCACCAUCUGUUAUUCUUCCACCUCCAGCAACAAGAGCUCCCUCUCUCCCUCCACCAAGGUUACCUAUUGAUCCACCGCUUCUUGCUUCCAUAUCUCCUCCACCACCUGCAGCUUCUCAUUCUAUAAGGGCCCCUAAAACCCCAGUAUCGUCUCAGGCAUUUCCGCCUCCUGCACCACCACCACCAUUAACGCCACCAGCCGUAAAAGGUGGUUUGUCAACCACAAAGCAAACCCCACAUUCUCCGAUUGGGCUUAUAGUUGUAUGCAUUGGCGCUGGAAUUCUGCUAUUUAUUGUGCUUGCAUUUGUGUGCAUUUGUUGCAAAGGUAGACGUAGAAGGAGAAAACAGAACCCUUUGGAUCAAAAGCAACAAUCUUCCGUCACAAAAGAUGAAUUUUUUGCAGCUUCAAUCCAACAUAAACAAGAAAAAGUUGAUCCACCACUGCUCACCAUUGCUAUAGGAUCUGGCUCAAAUAUAGCUGAUACCAAUGGCUCACGUGGCAUUUUUACUUAUGAUGAACUACUCAUCGCCACCGAUGGUUUUUCCAAAUCCAACCUCCUUGGACAAGGCGAUUUCGGUUACGUGUACAAAGGGCGCUUGCUGACCGGACAAGAUGUUGCGGUUAAGAAAUUGAAUGCUGGGAGCCGGCAGGGGGAGCGUGAAUUCCAGGCCGAGGUCGAGACUAUCAGCCGAGUUCAUCAUAAACACCUUGUUUCCUUAGUAGGAUACUGCAUUAAUGGGGCUGAGAGAUUGUUUGUUUAUGAGUUUGUUCCUAACAAAACAUUGGAAUUCCACUUGCAUGAAAAUGGUCAGUCGGUUAUACUCUGGGAAAGGAGACUCAAAAUUGCUAUAGGAUCUGCAAAAGGAAUAGCAUAUCUCCAUGAGGACUGUAGUCCGACGAUAAUUCAUCGCGACAUCAAAGCAGCUAAUGUUCUUCUUGAUCCCAGAUUUGAAGCAAAGGUUUCCGACUUUGGACUCGCCAAGAUUUUCUUCGAUGCGAGUCCGUCUGUUACACCAUCUACCAGAGUGAUGGGAACUUUUGGAUACCUUGCUCCAGAGUAUGCAUUAACAGGUAAAUUAACUGAUAAAUCAGAUGUAUAUUCCUACGGUGUCAUGCUUUUAGAGCUUAUAACCGGACGUCGGCCGAUCAUCGAGCUAGAAUCGUCGGUAAAUCAUAGCCUGGUUGAUUGGGCAAGGCCUUUGCUAGCUCGUGCACUCGAAAACAACGAUUUUGAUACUCUCGUUGAUCCGAGGUCAAACGGCGCUUACAACAUUAGCGAGAUGGCAACCAUGUUCAGUUGCGCUGCUGCUUGUGUACGCCAAUCAGCAUGGCUUAGACCUCGAAUGAUCCAGGUUGUCCGUGCUCUAGAAGACGACAUUUCGUUGACGACGUUGUCGAACAGCUCGUUAAACACAUCUUCAGAAAUGUUCAUCCAAAAUGCUCGACGGUGCAUCAACAAUGGCGGAUUUAGUGGACACAGUGAAUCCACCAGUGAAUAUGGGCUCAACAUUAACCCGUCUGGCUCCAGCACCGAAUCUCAAAGACCUAAAAGCCGAGACAAUUUCUGAUGAAACUGUGCACUAUUAGAAUAUUAUCUAGCUUUUGAUUAGAUUAGUUGAUGAAUUUUAUUUAUUUACUUAU